GGGGCGGGGCCGGGCGGGCAGGGAAGAUGGCGGAGGCGUCGCCGCAGCCGGGCCGGUUCUUCUGCCACUGCUGCUCGGCCGAGAUCGCCCCGCGUCUGCCCGACUACAUCUGCCCGCGGUGUGAGUCUGGUUUUAUUGAAGAACUUCCCGAGGAGCCGAGGAACGCUGAAAAUGAGACCAGCUCCUCUACGUCAGCCACUGAUCAGAGCAGGCAUCCUUUUGAGAACGUGGAUCAGCACUUGUUCACCUUGCCCCAGGGCUACGGCCAGUUCGCUUUCGGGUUCUUCGAUGACAGCUUUGAGUUUCCGUUCGGGUCCAACGCGCAGCCGGAAGACAACCGGGACUCGGAGAACCGGCGGGAGCGCGAGCACCAGUCCCGGCACCGCUACGGCGCGAGGCAGCCCCGCGCCCGCCUGGCCACGCGCCGCGCCUCGGGCAGGCACGAGGGCGUCCCCACGCUGGAAGGAAUUAUCCAGCAGCUGGUCAAUGGAAUUAUUGCACCAACCACAAUUCCAAACCUAGGCCUGGGCCCUUGGGGAGUCCUGCACUCGAAUCCGAUGGACUACGCCUGGGGUGCCAACGGCCUGGAUGCGAUUAUCACACAGUUACUGAAUCAGUUUGAAAACACUGGACCACCGCCAGCGGACAAAGAGAAGAUCCAGGCCCUCCCCACCAUACAGAUCACACAGGAGCACGUAGAUUCCGGGUUGGAGUGCCCUGUGUGUAAGGAAGAUUACACAGUCGGGGAGAACGUGCGGCAGUUACCGUGCAAUCACCUGUUCCACGACGGCUGCAUCGUCCCCUGGCUGGAGCAGCAUGACACGUGUCCCGUCUGCCGGAAAAGUUUAAGUGGACAAAACACUGCCACAAACCCCCCAGGACUCACAGGGAUGAACUUCUCGUCAUCCUCCUCCUCCUCCUCUUCCUCCAGCUCACCAAGUAAUGAAAACUCAUCGAACAACUCAUGAAUCUUAACGCACCCUCUGUCCCUGGGGCCCCCUCCACUGUCCCCCCUCCCUCCCUGGCCACCACAAGCAGCCAAAGGGGCUUCCAGAGCAGAGCGAGGGGAGGGGACAAGGGGGGAGCAGUGCCCCCAGAAUUCCCUUUUGAUUUCUGAAGACACGGAGACUCUGGGUCCUUCAGAGAUGAGAAGCCUCAAGUUCUGUGAUGAAAAAGGGGGGAAAGAGCUCUGUCUGUCAAUAAAAACAUCCUCUGUGCGUGGACUUUACCCGUUGCAGUGCGAGGCUGCCGCGCUCCCAGCUGGGAACCCCGAGGUGCUGAGCGAGUGGUUGAAUCCCAAAAGGAAAGGUUGUUUGUAUGGGUUUGAAUUUGAGAUCCCUUUCUUUUAUUUCUUUUGCUCCUCCUCCCCUUGGAUACUAUCUUUUCUGCUUUGGAGAUUGAAGUCUAAAAUGGAAGCGUAAGGAUGCUGCCUCCCCUCCAGGAUCUUCAGCUGGGGAGGACCAGUAGCUCUCACUGAAACAGGAACUCUCAAAUAGACCCCGGGAUCCUUCCCUGUCCCAUCUUGAGUCCCAUUUAUUUUUCUUUAUAACCUCGCCCGCUGAUACUCAACACUGAAAGGGUUUUUAUAAUCUUAAAUUAUUACUGCUGUCAAUAAAUGGACAUUUGAGCUCUGCGA